AAAGCUCAUUUUGUUUAAGACUUCUUGAAAAUCCUCUAGCCAUGGGGAGAUUUGUUUGUUUAUAGACCUAAAAUAGACAUGCAUUUAACUGCACAUAUAACACCAAGUCAUAAACUUGGCUUUUCAAGACAAUGGUCAUCAAAUCAAAAUGGCUUUUCCACAAUGUUCUCUGUUUAAGGUGUUUUUUAAGUGAAAGAUGUUUCAAAAGUACAUCUGACCACAAUGCUAUGACUGACUUAGAAAGUGUCUUACUCAGAAUACUGUGUGUGUGUGUGUCCAUGUGCGCGUGUGUGCGCGUGCGUCAGGGGGUGGAGGCAGACAUGAGAAAUUUGAGCUACAUCAGAGAGGAAGCAACUUGAGACGGAAGAAUCAUUCGAAAAGGUGACUUGGAGGAGUUUUAGGGAAGGACUACAAGAGCGUGUUUGCUCAAUUUCUCAGUGUAUUACUUUCUAUAAUUAAAAGGUCACUGCAAGAGCUUACCAAAGUUUUAUUCAAGAUAUGAGCUUUGACGGAGACAUCACAAUGGUUUGUUUAAGGUGUGUCCUGGCCCCUAGCCGUGUAUGUGAAUGUCUGUUGCCAUGGCUAAGCGUGAGACUGGCAGCACAAGUCCAGUGGUGCGGCAAAUAGACAAGCAGUUCCUGGUCUGCAGCAUCUGCCUCGAUCACUUCCACAACCCCAAAGUGCUGCCCUGCUUACACACCUUCUGCGAACGGUGCUUACAGAACUACAUCCCACCCCAGUCACUGACCCUGUCCUGUCCGGUGUGCCGACAGACCUCCAUCCUGCCUGAAAAAGGAGUAGCAGCACUGCAGAAUAACUUCUUUAUCACCAAUCUGAUGGAGGUGCUGCAGAGGGAUCCGGAAUGUUCCCGUCCUGAGGCAUGCAACAUGCUGGAGUCUGUGAGUGCAGCAGUUGCCGGGAAGCCUCUUUCCUGCCCAAAUCACGAGGGCAAGGUGAUGGAGUUUUACUGUGAGUCGUGUGAAACUGCCAUGUGUUUAGACUGCACAGAGGGGGAACACCGAGAACAUGUCACUGUCCCGCUGAGGGACGUUCUGGAACAGCACAAAGCAGCCUUGAAGAAUCAGCUGGAUGCUAUUCGCAACAGGUUGCCUCAGCUCACAGUUGCAAUAGAACUAGUGAAUGAGAUCUCCAGGCAGCUGAUGGAUCGAAAGACUGAAGCAGUGAAUGAGAUCAGCUGUACGUUUGAGGAGCUAGAGCGGGUUCUGCACCAACGUAAAACUGCCCUCAUCACUGACCUAGAGAACAUCUGCAGUUCCAAGCAGAAGGUUCUGCAGUCCCAGCUGUCAUCUCUGCAGCAGGCAAAAGAACAUAUCGAGAGCAGCUGCAGCUUCACAGAACAGGCGCUGAGUCACGGUGGUGCUGCCGAGGUGCUACUUGUGCAGAAGCAGAUGGGGGAGCGUGCAGGUGCUCUGGCGUGUCACACCUUCCCUGAACGGCCACAUGAGAAUGGACACCUGCAGUGCCGCCUAGAGACAGAGGGCUUGCGGCGCUCCAUCCAGAACCUGGGUGUCUUGAUCACCACUAGUGCUGUCGGGCACACUAGCGUGGCCACCGGCGAGGGCCUGAGGCACGCAGUCAUCGGCCAGCACAGCACCAUCACCGUCACCACCAAGGACAAGGAUGGAGAACUGGUGCGAAGUGGAAAUGCACUUCUAAAAGCGGACAUCACGGGGCCAGAAGGAAGCAAAGCAGUUGAGGCGGAGGUAGUCGACAAUAAAAAUGGCACAUAUGAAGUGGGCUACACGCUGAGGAGCGAAGGAGAGUGUUCUUUCUCACUGAUGCUAUAUGGCCAGCCUGUGAGAGGGAGUCCAUUCAGACUGCGUGGCGUGAAGCCUAGCGACGUGCCUCAGUCUCCUGAAGACGUGAAGAGGAGGGUGAAGUCGCCCAGUGGAAGCGGAGGACACAUCAGGCAGAAAGCUGUGCGAAGACCUUCCAGUAUGUACAGCACUACUAAGAAGAAGGAGAAUCCUAUUGAGGAUGAGCUGAUCUACAGAGUAGGCACAAGAGGCAGGGAGAAGGGCGAGUUCACUAAUCUUCAAGGCAUUUCCACCUGCAGUGGCAGAGUUGUAGUGGCAGACAGCAACAACCAGUGUAUACAGGUGUUUACUAAUGAUGGACAGUUUAAGCUGAGAUUCGGGGUGCGAGGGCGCUCGCCAGGGCAACUGCAGCGACCCACAGGAGUGACAGUAGACCUCAAUGGAGACAUUAUAGUAGCUGAUUAUGAUAAUCGAUGGAUAAGCAUCUUUUCCUCCGAAGGGAAAUUUAAGAAUAAAAUCGGUUCUGGGAGGUUGAUGGGGCCGAAGGGAAUUACAGUGGAUCGUAAUGGUCACAUCAUCGCCGUCGAUAACAAGGCAUGCUGCGUCUUCAUCUUCCAGUCCAAUGGAAAACUGGUCACCAGGUUUGGGGCAAGAGGCUCAUUGGACAGACAGUUUGCAGAAAAAAGUGGUUCAAACUUUGCACAGGAGCAAAAGCUUAGUAAAUCUGGCCCUGGGUUCAGUCCACACUUUGUGGCUGUCAACAACAAGAAUGAAAUCAUAGUUACAGACUUUCAUAACCACUCAGUUAAGGUGUUCAGUGCAGAUGGCGAGUUCCUCUUUAAAUUUGGCUCACAUGGUGAAGGAAAUGGGCAGUUUAAUGCCCCGACAGGAGUGGCUGUUGAUGCAAAUGGGAACAUCAUUGUAGCAGACUGGGGUAACAGCAGGAUACAGGUGUUUGACAGCUCGGGCUCUUUCCUAUCCUACAUCAACACGAGCGCAGACCCGCUGUAUGGGCCACAGGGUUUGGCGCUCACGUCUGAAGGUCACGUGGUUGUUGCAGACUCGGGGAACCACUGCUUUAAAGUGUAUCGCUACCUGCAGUAGUGCUCCAGUUGCUUUCUCUCUCCUUCUGUUUUGCACGUUCAGCUAAGCUCAAACCCCUUAACCAAACUAUAUAGUUUGAGCAGAAAGCACAAGCGCAUUAUUCUUUCACAGUGCAGUGCUCCAAAUAAUACUUUUUUUAAUUAUUAUUUUUUUUAUUAUUAUAAUUGUGACCUAGACCUUAUGAAUGUUUAGAGUGGAUGUGGGAGAGUGAUCUAAUAAGCACACAUUGUACAAUAAUUCACUUCUAGGUUUAUUAAGAAAUUGGUAAAAUUGAGAAGAAUUUGUGUACGGCAUGCAGUCAUAAAGCUAGUGUUAUAAUUUCUGCACUUUGGUAACUACAGAUGUUUGUUAAAAAAAAAAAAAAAAAAAAAAAAAAAAAAAAAGAAAGAAAUUUUAAAAUGGCUCCUAAAAAUACAGGUUCUAUAAUUAAUUCCACGAUAACAUGUAAACAUUUAACUGCAACCUAAUUACAGAACUUACAAGUACAUAAGCGCAUGCACUGUCCUGCAGCUUAAUUUAGAAAAUUCUGCAAUUCAAAUUCAUAAAUAUAUUUUUUUUCAGGGAUUUUCAUAAUUUAGCACUUAUAAUAAAUGGGGAUACUUAAAUUAAAUGUCAUUAAGGAAUAAAUUAUACUGGUGCAUUAUGCGUUAUAUAAUUAUGAACACUAUUACCAAAUUACACAGAAUUAUCUGUUAUUUAUUAUCCACUUGCAUUUUUAAAUCCAGUUACCUUACUGAAGAUUUGCUAGUUUCUUAGAUUAAAAAAAAAAGACAUUAGAACUAAAACCUCUGACAGAUUUACUUCCCGUCUCUCUCAGAAUACACUCACACUUUGUCUUUUGAGUGCAAACACCAGUCGUGGAUUUUUAUGCCUGUGUAUUUGUAUCAAUGCGCAUAGU